GGUUUCAGUGGCAGUGGUUUUGCAACUUGACACAAGCUGAACCGGAAAUACAGAGUAAUGAAUCAGAUAAGUUAUUGGUGGGAUGUUUUGAUGGUAAUAUAAAGUAAAAAAAAUGGUACAAAUAUUUUUACUUGAUAACUGAUAAUAACUUCGUAGGAGCCCAAACAAGAGCAUUGCUAAGCUAUGGAUCUAGAAGUAGCCUGCAAGAUGGGAUUUCUCUUUAUUCCUCCUCACAGUUUUUUAAGGAAAACUUGGACAAAAAGAUAUUGUGCUCUAUAUAACGCUAGCCAUCAUGGAAUUCAGAGAUUAGAGUUAUUUGAGAGUGAAGAUGCUUAUGUAAAGCAAAAUCCAACAAAAAUCAUACCUCUGACAGACUGCUGGAAAGUUACUGCUGCACCACAGAAACAUCAACCUAAUGUUUUUGAGGUGAGGACCAAAAAUAGUAGUUAUCAAUUUUCAGCUGAUACUUUUCAAGAAAUGUCUGAUUGGCUUGCAUCUCUUCAAACUGUUGCAUUUGGUAAAAUUCGUACCAAAUCAGUAAUGUCUGUUGCACCAAUUAUUAAAGAAGAAAAACAAGAGGAAAAUUUAUUGUAUAGCUCUAUGGAUGAACCUGAAAUUUAUACUGUGAAGGUUGUACCUACAGAUGCUAGUUUACGAAACAAUUUGAAAGGAGACUAUAAGCUUAUAAUAACCUCUGUUAAUCUCUCUGUUGCUGAGAGCUGUCCACUUGGAAGAAUUGGAAAGAUAAUAUUAACUUGGCCAUACCGUCAUAUUCGCAGAUAUGGUUGCAGUGCUGAUAAUUUUUCAUUUGAAGCUGGAAGAAAAUGUGCUUCAGGUGAAGGAUUGUUUACUUUCUCAUCAGUUGAUGGAAUACAUAUAUUUCAGAGUGUUGAUGCUCAUGUAUCAGCUUUGAAGUCAACUCAAAGUGAAACUGACAUUCCUACUAGUCCAAACUUUAAUGAUGAGGAAUUCAGUUUUUUAUCCACAAAAGAUCAUGAUUUAGAGAAGAAUGAUUCUUCUUUACAGAUGACACCUAAGUUUGAUCAAAAAUAUGUAAUGCCUGAUUGUGAAAAUGAAAUACAUUCUGCAGAAGUGCAUAAGACUUUGCCUCCUGUUGCCAAACCACCCCGAAAAAGUAAAUCAAGUGCAAAUACUAGCAGUCGAUCUAAUUGUCAGAUUGCAAUGAACAUUAGUGCACAAAAUGAAUCUAAUGUUACUAAUUUUUAUGAAGAGCUUCAUCUAAGGAAUAGUCCAAAUAAUUUGAGUCUUAAUUCAGAUAUUUUAGAGUCUCAAAAUUCAUCAUCCAAAUAUUUUGACACCGAGUCUGUGUCCUCAGUAUCAUACGUUUCUUAUCCAGAAUCUUGCACUCAUUUGGAAACUGAUUCCUUUUCAUCUGCUGCACCAUAUGAAGAUGCUUUAUGCCAUAGUGCUGAUAAUUUAGAAGUCAGUGAUAGUUGUAGGAAAGGCUCAGGUGUACAGCCUUCUUGCACUAUAAAUAAUUAUGAAAACUGUGAACCAUUUCAUCAAAAUGCAUUUUCAUCGUCUAAGUCAUUGAGUGAUACUGAUCAUAUUUAUGGGAAGUUAUUAAAUACAAAACGAUCUUCAUUGAGCAAUAUGAAUGCGUAUGGUUCUAUAAUUAUAAAAAAUGUUUCUGCGAAUAAUGAUCCGACUAGUCCUGUAUAUUCUAAUGUUCCCUUAAGACAAUUAAUGCUUGAUCACAGCCGUCAUGGUACUAGUGAGAAUGAACCAGAGCAUUUCUUAAAAAAUGAUGCUGAAUAUGCCCAGGUUUUUAAGAAGAACUAAUUUUAGUAUUUUGUUGUUAUUUUGCGAGUUAAGAUGGACUAGCCUUCUUAGACAGACAUGUUGCAGUUCUGUUUCCAGUUAAAGUAUUUAUAUUUCUGUUGUGUAAUUAUAUAAUUUAAAAUUCACUGUUAUUUUAUGUUAAAAAUAUUUAUAAUUCAGAAAAUUUAACAUUUUUUAGUUAAAAAUAGAAUUUUAUGAUAAGUAAGAAUUGAGUUGAUUAGUUCAUAAAUUUAAACAUGAACAUGUAUUUUAAAGUAUAACUCCAAAAAGUGUACACUGCACAGUCGCAAAGUUAUCUUAAUUCUUAUUUUAUAUCUAGGUAUUUGUUCUCGGAUCACUGGCGUUCUUUCAGUGGGUUUAUCUUUGUUAUAUGGCAUACCUGUAUGUUGUAAUAAUUCCUUUAAGAUUUUAUACUUUUUAAAAGUGUACCUAAUGUAUUAGUUAUAUAUAUAUAUAUGGUAUAUAUAGUCAGACCAAUUUAAUGAGAUUUUAUUGCUUUUAAUAUUUUUAUCAUAAAGAAUGUAAGAAUAUUUAGUUAAAGUUAAUAGUAUAAUUUUUUUUUAUUUCAUCACUUCAUCUUAAAAUUUUAGGAAAUCAAACUAUUAAAAAAGCAAUUUAAAGUUAUUAAGUUCACCUUUUCAGUAUAGAACAGUAGCACAUACUAUGGCAAGCUUUUCUUCAUACUCAUUGACUGUUUAAGUUAUUAAUGGGUAUAUUUAUUGCAUUCUUAACUGUGUGUAUAAAUCUCAGUGUUAUGAAACUAAAUAUACUCUGAGUUCUAUUGCAAGAUUUAUUUGUUAGUGUGUAUCCUUCAAUUGUUCAUAGGCUGUGGCUUAUAAGUGAAGUGUUUGUGAGCUAUAGCAGAAUUUUCUCUAAUGUAUUUUUGUGUGUACAGGCCCCUGAUAGGAGGGUGAGAUAAUUUGUGCUACCCUUUAGUUGCCACCAGGAGUGUCUCCUGUAUCUGUAGGCCAAGAGAAUGGUAAUAUUUGCUAAUGAAUAUAGGCCUUAAUAGCAUUGAAAGAGUCAAUGAAACUUUAGAAACUGGGUCAUACAGUGCUCUGCUUAAAAAAAUAUAUUCAUUAAUAGGUAAACUUUACCUAAUCUUGUAUUGUUUGUCACCUUUUAAUAAUUGUUAGUAUGUAUUUUUAGAUGGUAGAAAUCUGUGAAUAAAAAGGUAGCAAACUCCUCAUGAGAUAGCUCGCAAAAACCAUUCUGUAGCAAAGAUACCCAAUAUGUAGUGUAGCAGUAAAAGUGUGUUAUUAAAUUAACUGUUGGGUAUAUUAUAUAGAUAAAUAUUAGAACGAUAUAUCUGCAUUGUUUGUAAUCAAUGUUUAUAGCAGUGGUAAGAGUAAUGCUGCAGGGAUUGCUAACUUGUCAGAUCUUGAAUGAUUAAUGGGCUAAUAACAUACAUAACCUGAUUUAAAAAUAUAAAUAUUAAUUUAUAUAUAUUCCUAAUAUCAAAAAUUUGAUUUGUGAUCUGUCAGUUUGAUCUUUCUGUUUUAAAUAUUCUACAUUGGCUACUAAUUAAAUUUGUUUCUUUGGUUAUCUAAGGCUCCAAAUCAGUCUUUGAGUAAAAGAGUAAUAAUUAAAAAAAUAAGUAUGGAACAACUGCAAAUGUAAUUUAUAUAUCACCACACUCUUAUAUUUUCAAGUAUGAUAUUUUUGCUUUGAUAUUCUAAUAAAUUCUGCUGAUACAGUACUUUCAGAAUGCAUGUUUUGUGAUGAGAAAGAAAUUCAGAAUAACAUUUUAAAAAGUAUGUACAAAAAUUUAACUUUGCCAUUUAGACUGUUUUCGACUGUGUUCUGUUUUUGACCAAAACAAAGAUUUGGAAAUUUUUAAAGUUUUAACACAUGAUGGAUUUUUGAGUGCAGUUGAAGAUAGUAAAAUGUACAUUCAAAGCAGAAACCUUACUUGAUUAAAAAUGUUUUAAUUAAUUUUUAUUGUGUGCAUAUGCAUUUAAUGACAUUAUUCUUAUCAGAAAUAGGAAAGGUUUAAAUGAUUUAAUUUCUGCAGAAUAUUUUAUUAAAAAGAAAGGUUAGAAAUUCCUUCUUCAGCUCUGUUUCCGGGUGCCAUAUGCAUAAGAUAUUGUAUAUGUCAAUGAGUUCAUAGUAAUAUAGUUACUAAGAGAAAUGUGAUAAGAGUAUUUCACAUUAUAUAUAUUUUAUCGUGCAUACAUGCAUGCUUUUUAAUUUUAUCAAAAUGAAGUAUGUUACAGUGAUGCAAUUUUGAAGUUGGCGUUUUUAGGCUACUGUUGUAUUGAUUUUGUCAUCUAGUAGCCAUGUAUGCAUAUUUUCUCAAAAAAAUUUAAUAGAGUUUGGUAUUAGUGUUUUAAAAAUAAGCAUAUUUUUCUAACUUUUAUUGCAUCAUAAUUUGUUCUUUGCUUUAAUUUUAAAGCUGUUGUCUUGCUGCUGUAGAAUUCAUAAAAAUAUGCCAAUAUGCUGAAGUUAAUGUGCACAAAAAUUUAUUGGCUUUUCAUUAACUAAUUGCUUCUGAGCUGUGAUGUAAACUUUACUUAACAUUUCUAUUAAUCUCAUAUUUUAUAUUUGUGCACAUUAAACUCCUCUCAUAUUUUCUAAAUAAUGCCAACUUUUGCACAAUAUUUUCUGAGAGAAAAACAUCUGAAACUGCAUUGAAGUUAAAUGUUUGAAAUCUUUUUAAAAUUUUUUCACCCAUAAUAACCUCUUACAGCUUCCUCUACAGUGGUCCCUAAAAAGUGUUAAUUCUACUGAGAUAACUUUAAAAAAGUUGGAAUACUCAGUCGAAUGAACUGAUGUGAGAUAACCUAAUGCUCUUAAAUAAAUAAAUAUUUUUCAGAAUACAAAGUAAUUUUGAUGAGGAGGUUUCCGAAAUGUGCCUUUCUUUUUUUGCUUGUAAUUAAAAUUAUGGAUUGAGGAAAAAUUGAAUUUAAAAAUAAUUUUCAAAGUAUUUAAGAUUUAUAUGUUGCUUUUGAGAAAAAAUAUCUGUAAAUAGUGCAUUAUAUCUUGAAACUCUUGGUUGGAACUGUUUAAAAAUUAGAUGUUAUUUAUAAUAACUGCUUGCUUGAAUGACGUGAUGGAGAAAUUAACAUUUAAGAUAUACUAUACUUGGCAGCUCAGAUACUUUUGAAUAGUCAAUAACAAGAUUACAAAAAAGGAAAAAAUUAUUCAGCUAUUACUUAUUGUCAAAAUGCAGAACUAAAAUUUAUGCUGGUAUCCUUGUGUUUCAAAUACCAUAAAAAUAUCACAGCAUUUUAAAACUUGUGUUCCUUUACAUUAAUAAUGUGAUUGAUACAUAUGAAAUAUGUACAAAAUAUUUCAAUUUAUUUCAUCAUUUGGGUUAAGCCUUACUAAGAAAACAUAAAUUAAGAUAAGCCUUAUUAUCUUAGCAAAUUACUAAAUCAUAAUUUGUUUCCACAGUUUUACUUCCUUUAUUUCACUGCUACAUUAGAUAUUAUAGACACUAAUGUAUUUUUAUGUAAUCAUUUAACUCUAAAAUUUUAGAUUACCUUGUGGAAUUACUUUAUUUUCUAAAUAUGUUUAAUCAUUAAUGAGAGCUUUCUCUGGACAAGUUGCAUCUGAUUUGUACAGAUAGUAUUUUUGCCUUGUAUGUAAAUAUGUGCAGAUUUUAUUCUGUAAUAUUUUAUGAGCAGUAUUAAUGCUGUAUUUUUUAAACCUUUAACAGAGAAUUGUUAUUGAAGAAAUUUUUUCUGCAUUCUAUAUUUUUUUACAUGUAUGUAUUUUCAUGUAUAUCUAUGCCUCUAUCUGCUGAUUCAGUAUCCAUGAUUUCACUAAUAUUCAGUUCAAAGAUGGGAAGGCAAUUGCCAUAAAUUUCAUAAGUUUUCAGACCACGCUACUAUCUUUACAUAAUUGGUCCAGGCUAAUAUAAUUAAAUACAGGGAACGAAGAUGAUUGUUAUGAAACAUUCGGUGUAAUAGCAGUUUCUAGGUAGACCCUCAGUCUCUGAGCUUGCAUUCCAGCUUGAUGAUCAUAAAUUUGUUUUGCCUAUAAGUGGUCUAAGAGCUUUUGCCCUAACUUUAUUUCUAUACACAUACUUCUUUUCAAACUUUCUCCACUGUUGCUUUUAAUUCACGCUAUCGUCAUUAGUAAUGUGUUGCUCAUGCUAUUGAAGUUCUUAUUCAGUGUUUCAAAGCAUGAGACUAGUGAUAUUUGUGCUUGGAAACUAUAGUGUGCUAGGUAGAAAAAUGAAUGAGUACUUGUUAUUUCUACCAUUCCUUGAAGCAGUAUGCUAUGUUUUACAGUACAACAUAACAUAUUAUAACUACAUUUCUUUUCUCAUUUCUCUUUUGCAGAUGGAAUUAAAAUGCCAGAAUCUUUUAUAAAUAUGAGCGAGAGUAUACAUUGUAUUUUGCAUUACUUUAUAUAGUAUAUGUAAUGUAUUAUAGUGUACAGGAUACUCUGUUAUUACUUUAUUUCAUGAUGAAUGUCUUUCUUGCAUAAUUUAUCAAUUAUUAUUCAUUAUAUUUAUGCAUGUUAUAAGAAUAUGUCAUCACUGUUAUCUGUGGCUUUGCAUACAUGCUGUAAGUCUUUGAAUGUAUACUGCAAAUAGGAAAUACACACUAUAUUUUCCUUUACAUGUCUUGUAUGAUGAGGAUGGUGAAAGUGUGUUAACAAUAUAUUUAAAGAAUAGUUUUUUUUUUUUUUUUUCUGGAAAAGUAUAUAUCGAUUGUUGCUCAAGAUAGCAUUCCUAUAUUUUGUACUGAUAUUCCAUUACUACACUAUUUUUUAAAGAUGUUUACCUUAAAAUAUUCUUUUGUAUAUAAUUUAAUUUGUCUAGUCGAUCUCAUGUUUUGUACUUGAUAUGCAAUAGUCUCCUUUUGUAUUUGUUAUGUUAAAUUUUAAUAAAUAGCAAAUAUAAAAUA